AUGGAUGUAGUGUGUGCAAUCUCCCUCUUUUUUCUCUCCAUUGGGUUUGUUUUACUUCGUAUGUCACUGGUUCGUCCUCUCUUCACAAGGCGAGGCUCUCAGAAAAUGGUUGCCUCUGUGCUCUUUGAGAGAUUGCCUGUGGUCAUUCCCAAAAUUGAUCCUAUUGUUUAUGCAUUUCAGUUUCAAUGGCGACAACAAUAUCAACGUAGAUAUCCUGAUGAAUUUCUUGACAGAUCUGAUGCAAGGGGGAAAGGUGAUUAUCAGAUUGACUAUGUACCAGCACCACGAGUCACUGAAGCAGACAAAAGCAAUGAUCAAAGGUCACUGCAAAGAGCUCUUGACAGAAGACUCUACCUUCUUCUCUAUGGAGAUACCUAUGGGGCUCCGAGCGGGAAACCUGUGUGGCAUUUUCCAGAGAAACCUUAUGAAUCAGAGGAAACCAUGCGUAAGUGUGCUGAGUCUGCAUUGAAAUCAGUCAUAGGAGAUCUCUCCAAUACCUUUUUGGUUGGAAAUGCUCCAAUGGCCCAUAUGGUUGUUCAGCCUAAUGAAGACCAUUCAGGAUCCUCAUCUUUUAAGAAAUUCUUCUUCAAGUCCCAAGUAAUUGCUAAAAACAAGUUUGACUUUAGAAAAUGCGAGGAUUUUGUUUGGGUGACAAAGGAUGAAUUGAUGGAGUAUUUUCCCGAGCAGGCAGACUUUUUUAACAAAAUUAUCAUUGGCUGAUGACGGCUGUUUGGUUAAAUGUAUUUCAAAUGAGUUUAUU